AUGUCCGAUAUUUUUCAUGAAUUCGGUAUCACAGCGGGGUCGACCAUUGGUGUUGGAUAUCUUGGUACUAUCGUAUCCGGCAUUUUGUAUGGUGUGACAUGUGUACAGACAUUCCACUAUUUCCGGUCUGUGACUAAAGAUCAUUGGAUUAUCAAGGUGUUGGUUUUGACACUACUGGUUCUUGAUACCCUUCACCAGGCUCUUAUCAUACAUGUGUUCUACUGGUAUUUAAUUGACAACUAUCUUAAUCCAAUUGCUCUACUAGAAUCAGUCUGGAGUAUCGGGUCAGAGAUUAUUGUCAAUGCUGUCAUUGCAUUUCUAGUGGAAAGUUUCCUGGUGUAUCGUGUGUGGAAAUUAAGUCAAAACCGGAUGUUGGCUGGUUUAUGUGAAGCCUUCACUGUGGGCCAUCUAACUAUGAAUUUGGUGUUUCCAAUUAGAGGGCUCUACAUUCCAAAUCUCCUGGAGGCAGAAGCUAAGCUAAAGACAACUGGCAGUAGUGGCCUUGCAGUGGCGGUGGUCACUGAUGUUCUCAUCUCAGCAAGUCUUGCAUUUUACUUGCAUAAGAACCGUACUGGUUUUCACCGCUCAGACACUAUGAUUGACAAGCUGAUUGCUCUUACUGUGACGACUGGAAUUCUAACAACUGUAUUUGUUAUUGCCAACCUUAUUGCAUACCUCACAGCACCUGCUGCAUUAUAUGUGCUAUUUUUCAACUUUAUGCUGGGAAAGUUGUAUAUAAAUGCACUGCUGACUUCUCUCAAUGCUCGUAGUUUCAUCUCUUAUGGUAGUAACAAGGGCAAUAGCACAAGUUACAUGAUCAACUCAAUCCCACUUCAUGUACUGGAUGAUACAGCUGGAAGCCCUGAUACAAAACAUGAAGUGACACAUCAGGUUGCACAGCAGGAUGUUUCUAUUGACAGUCCCAAUGAUCUAGAAGCAAGCACUUCAAUUGGAUCAUUUGAUAUCAAGAAUAAACUCUAG